GGAGAGGAAGAUAAGUUUUAUAGAAGAGAAGAGUAGAGAAUAGAAGAGAAGAGAAGAGAAGAGAAGAGUAGAGUAGAGUAGAGAAUGCAUAGAUGAAGGGAUUGUUGAAAUGCAAAUCUCAAUCCCGGUCUCAGUUUGUGGAUGGUUCCACCUCUGAAGAUCUGAGGCUGGUCAGGCGCCUUGGCCAUGGCAACAUGAGCACGGUGUUCUUGGCUGUUCAUCGCCACACCAACAAGGCUUUUGCUUUAAAAGUGAUGAAUAAGGAACUUCUUCAACAGAGGAACGCCUGCAAAAUGGCGGCUACAGAAAAGGAGAUCCUGUCUUGUUUGGAUCAUCCAUUUCUGCCGUCUUUGCUUACCCACUUUGAGUCGGAGAAUCAUACAUUUCUGGCCAUGGAGUACUGUUCUGGAGGAGAUAUUAACGUCUUGAGACAUAGGCAGCCUACUAAGACAUUCUCAGAGUCUACGAUAAGAUUCUACGCAGCGGAGGUGGUUGUGGCAUUGGAGUAUUUGCACGAGCAGGGAAUAGUCUACAGAGAUCUGAAGCCGGAGAACAUAUUAGUGCAAGAUAGUGGGCACAUAAUGCUCACCGAUUUUGAUCUAUCCCUGCGUCUCAUAUCCGACGAGGGCCAAGAUGGUGAGUGGAAGUCUCGUUCAUUUGUGGGUACAGAGGAGUACAUUGCACCGGAGAUCCUGUGGGGGAAACCCCACUCGUACUCGGUGGAUUGGUGGUCCUUGGGCGUCUUUCUGUACGAAAUGAGCCACGGGCGGACACCUUUCAGGGGGUCAAGUAGAAAGGACACUUUUGUCAAUAUAUUGAGCAAGGACCCAGUCUUCUCAUCCUCAUCUUCUCUCCACGAUCUUACCGUGAAGCUCCUUGCAAAAGAUCCGACUGAGCGGCUAAACAGAAAGCAAGUAAAAAGCCACCCAUUUUUCCGCGGAAUGAGAUGGGACCAAUUGCAGUUUGUUUCGAGGCCUCCUUUUGUGCCGCCGCUACCCACUGAAACUCAUGCGCUGAGUUUUCACCCAGAAGAAGAUGCAGAAGAAGCAGACAUGAGCAUUAAAUCCGAAGGCAAUAGCUAUUCGGAAUUUGGCUUGGAAGAAGACGAAACGAGCAAAUGCACAUUUCGGGAGUUUUAAGGCCAGCACUGUUUCAGGUCAUGACGUCACACUUCCCUAAACUAGGACUUUUUGUUACCCAUACCAACAAGGCCUAUAUUUGACGGCCAAUCCUCUCUGUAAACUAAUUUUUUGAAUGGUUAUCCAUAAAAAGUUGCCAAAAA